AUGUUUCAUUUAAACUUAAUAUAUAUUUUUCCUUCUUUCAGGUUUGGUUUAAGCAACAAGUUCGAUGCAGAAUUCCCUUCUGUUUUGACCGGAAAGGUUGCUCCAGAGGAGUUUAAAAUCAGUAUUGGUCGUGUAAAUACCUGCUUGAGAAAGAAUCUCCCUCUCAAUGUGAAAUGGCUGCUAUGUGGCUGUAUCUGCUGCUGUUGUACGUUAGGCUUCAGUUUGUGGCCUGUUAUAUGCCUGAAUAAAAGGACAAGGAGGUCUAUUCACAAACUUUUGGACUGGGAGAAUAAUAGGUUAUAUCACAAGCUUGGCUUGCACUGGAAACUGAGCAGAAGGAAAUGUGAAUCAAACAAUAUGAUGGAAUAUGUUAUACUCAUAGAAUUCUUACCAAAGUACCCAAUAUUUCGACCGGACUGA